AUGCUGAUGAUCCUGGCCCGAUUGGUUCGCUCAGAAAGCUUCUGGGCGGUCGCUAAGCAGCUGCGCCAGCACUGCCUCCCACUCAGGGUCGGCAGCAGAGCCAGCAUCGCUUUGAGCAGAGCAGCGCAUUGCCACGUCCUCGUCGCAGAGCUCCACCGCGGCGAGAGACGUGGUGACAGUGGCGACCGACGUGCCAGUGGCGCGGCUGGCAUCGCCAGCAGCGAGGCCGCCAGCAUCGCCGCCGCGCACCGCGGCGUGGGGCGCAGCAGCGUCCCGUCUGGCUCACGACGAGACCUGUUCACAGUACUCGAGUACCCGUACCGAAUCCUGGCGCGCUUCGGCGACUCGCGCUCUCGCGUGCCUCUGCCCCUGAUCCAGCCAGGCUGCAAGGUGGCCGAGCUCGCCGCCCUCGCGGCGUCGCUCAACGCUCAGGGCGACCACUUUGGGGCCGUCGAGGCCCUCACCAAAGCCAUCGCCCUCUCGCCGCACGACGUGUCUUUGCUUGAGGCCCGGUCGGGCGCCUGCGCGCGUCUGGACAAGCACGCGGCCUGCCUGCACGACGGCGAGCUGAUCGUCCGGCUGACACCAGACUGGUACCGCGGCCACGCGAUCUGCGGCUCCGCUCUGUUUUGCCUCAAGCAGUACACCGCCUCUGUGCUCGCCUAUCGGCGCGCGCUUGGCUUUGCGGUGGGCUCGCCGGCGGAGCGCGGCUUGCAGUCGGCGCUCGUCGACGCGUGCGGCCGCGUCGACGGCGCCUUGCGGCAGUGCUCGAUGCUCGGCGACACGACGCAGCUGUGCUCCCUGCUCUCCUCCGGCGCGGCGCGGAUCGACGCGCCCGAUGAGAAGCACGGCUUCACGCCCCUACUUCUCGCCGCCGCCGCGGGGCAUCCCGGAUGCGUGCGGGCGCUCCUCGACGGCGGUGCUUGCGCGGGCGCGCGCGACCGGUACGGCAAGACGGCGCUGAUGUGGGCGGCGGCGCAGAGGCACGAGGGCGUGGCCGACGUGCUGCUGCGCCGCUGCGCGUCUGAGGCUGCCUCGCUCGUUGCAACCGACUCAGCGGGCUGGGACGCACUGCACGCCGCCUGCUUGUCGGGCUGCCUGCCACUUGUCGAGCGCCUGCUGCCGCUGGCGGACGUGGGGCGAGCGGCAGUCGACGGCUCCACCUACCUGCACGCCGCCGCGCAGGGCGGCCACGUGGCCGUGGCUCGGCUCCUUCUCGACCGACGCGCCGACCCGUCCGCAAGACAGACCCGCGGCAAGCGGCCCCUCGACCUUGCAUCCGCGGCGCGCAAGUCUGAGGUCGUCGCGCUGCUUCGGCCGCAGACGCCAGAGCUGCCGCCCUCCUCGUGCAUUGCAACAGGGCUAGCGACGCCGACGGGGCGCUCGAUGGCGAUUGCCGUGGGUCUCGCGUUUGUUGCGGUGUGGUGGGUGUUGGCGCCGGUUCUUGGCGAACCGCCGCCCACGUAA